GCCAGUAUCACUCAUGGUGUAAAUAUAAAGGUAUGGUGGUCUGUAACAUCAUGUGUCUGUGUUUCCUACAGAUGUUCCACAGCUGGUGCUGGUUAAAGAAGAAGCUCCUGAAGAACAGAGUGCUGGUGUGGACCAGCAGGACCCAGAACACCUCCAUAUAAAGGAGGAACAGGAGGAGCUCUGGACCAAUCUGGAGGGAGAGCAUCUCUGUCUGAAGGAGGAGACUGAAGCUGUCGGGUUUCCUGUUACUGCUGUUUCUAUAAAGAGUGAGGAUGAUGAAGAGAAACCUCUGGUCUCACAGCUUCAUCAGCAGCAAAUAGAAGACAGAGAUGUUCCAACCAGCAGCUCAGCUGACCAGAUGGCAGCAGAAACUGGUGGAGGAGCAGGAACUAGCAGGAACCCAGAUCUGAACCCUCAUGAACAAACAUCUGAUUCUUCAGAGACUGAAGUUAGUGGAGAUGAUGAUGAUGAUGAUGAUGAUGAAGAAGAUGAUGAUGAUGGUGUGAAUCUGGACUCUGAGCUGUCAGACUCUGGGUCUGAAACUGGAGAUGAAGAUGAUGACUGGAAUGAGAGCAGGUCUUCUGAGUCAGAUGUUUCAAGGAAGAGAGAAGAGACGGAUGAGAAACCUCUGCUCUUACAUUUCCACAACCAUCAAAUGGAAGAUGGAGGUGUCCUAACCAGGAGCUUGGCUGGGCAGAUGACAGCAAAAGUUGGUGGAGGAGCAGAAACUAGCAAGAACCUAGAUCUGAACCCUAAUGAAAAGACAUCUGAUUCUUCAGAGAUUGAAGUUAGUGGAGAAGAUAAUGAUGAUGUGAAUCUAGACUCUGAGCAUUCAGACUCUGGGCCUGAAACUGGAAACGGAGACCAUGGCUGUAAUGAGAACAAGUCUUCAGAGUCAGAUAUUAAGAUCGUCAACAAAUCAUUUAGCUGCCCUGUGUGUGGUAUACAGUUCCUCCACAAGUGGUCUCUUCUGGAACAUGUGAGAAUGACAAGUCAUUCAGCAGUAAAGUCUUCAGAGUGUUCGGUUAAUACAAAAUGUGUGAAAGAGAAGCAACGUGGAGGCUCAUGUAGAAGAGUUGAGAAAGAACCAAAAUCAUUUAGUUGUGAUGACUGUGGGAAAAGAUUUAGCCAAACGUCCAAUUUAACCCAUCAUAUGAAAGGCCACACUGAGCAGAAGCCUUUUUCCUGUGAGCUCUGUGGGCAAAGAUUUAGCCAGAAAAAUAGUUUAAACACACACAUGAGAGUCCACACAGGAGAGAAGCCUUUUGCCUGUGAGCUCUGUGGAUACAGAUGUACCCAAAAGGCACAUUUAAACACACACAUGAGAGUCCACACAGGAGAGAAGCCUUUUGCAUGUGAGCUCUGUGGAUUCAGAUGUAUCCAAAAGGCAACUUUAAACACACACAUGAGAGUCCACACAGGAGAGAAGCCUUUUGCUUGUGAGCUCUGUGGACAAAGAUUUAGCCGUAAACAUAAUUUAAACACACACAUGAAAGUUCACACAGGAGAGAAGCCUUUUGCCUGUGAGCUCUGUGGAUACAGAUGUGCCCAAAAGUCACAUUUAAACGAUCACAUGAAAGUCCACACUGGAGAGAAGCCUUUUGCCUGUGAGCUUUGUAGAUACAGAUGUACCCAAAAGUCAAGUUUGAACAAUCACAUUAAAGUCCACACAGGAGAGAAGCCUUUUGCCUGUGAGCUUUGUGGAUACAGAUGUACCAGAAAGUCACAUUUAAAUGAUCACAUGAGAGUCCACACAGGAGAGAAGCCGUUUGCUUGUGACCUCUGUGGGAAUAGAUUUAGUGAAAAGGGAAGUUUAAACACACACAUGAGAGUCCACACAGGACAUAAGCCUUUUGCUUGUGAGCUCUGUGGGAAAAGAUUUAGCCAUAAAAAUAGUUUAAACUGUCACAUGAGAGUCCACACAGGAGAGAAGCCUUUUGCCUGUGAGCUCUGUGGGAAAAGAUUUAGUCGUAACCAUAGUUUAAACACACACAUGAGAGUCCACACAGGAGAGAAGCCUUUGACUGUGAGCUGUGUGGACAAAGAUUUAGCCGAAAGACACAUUUAAAGAGACAUACGAGCAUCCACAUAAGGCUCAAGGGAUUUAUUUAACAACAGUACUUCCAAAUGUUGUAUUUAGUUUUUUUUACAACCUUAAUAUUAGUCUUGUACCUCUGCUCAAUUAUCGUUGAUCGGCCCAUGAGCCACCUCUUCUUUUGAUUUUCAUAUUCAAUUCUCCUUUGUUUUUUAAACUCAGACCUUAACCAAACAAUUGAGAUGUUCAUUCAUGAAUUCUGAAUACAAAAAAAUAUUACUUAAAGAUUAAGAAAAAAACUGUUAUACUCUCCUGUAUUUAAUAAACAGACUGAUGGUUGUAGUACAUAACUCACUGUAAUUUAAAGCCGUUAGAUACCAGUGGCGUCUGCUUUAAACAAUUUGUCUGUAUAUAAAAUAAUAGCAUACAAUGUUGUAAUAACUGCAGUUUUAAAAGAAUGUGUCUUUAUUCAUUUGGAGCCCCUAAGAAGAAAUCCCACCGUAAAGGCUGUGGAGAGACAGCUGGGUCUGUUGUCAAGAAGUCAUAAAAAGAAGUCAUAAAUUGCAAUGCGGCUCUGUGGAGACUCCAUUCUCCUACAAUAGCAUUUUACUAUUCUAAGCAGGCUUAGGAAUGUGCCUUUACCAGAGUUUUUAGAGAUGCUGUUGUAGAGUUAUAAGCAGUGGACAGAUGCCGGAAAGACAGAACCACUUUUGGGCUGCAUGGUUCUCCACCGGUGUACAGAUGUAUUAACAUGUACUAGAUUGUAAUAAACGGUUAUCUUUUUAACUCAAACUUUGCUAUGAUUGAGUCAUAGCACUCCAAGAAACAGCUCAGCAUGAAAAUUAACCACAUUCCCUUUAUUUCUGAUGACACAACUAAGCACUGCUGGUGGACAUUUAAUCACAGACACUUAGCACUUCUGCAUGCGUUCUGUAUUCAGUGUGAACGAGGCUUCAUGCCCUCUCUCUGUAGCGCAGCAUCGUGCGGUUGUCCUGUUCUGAUUUUUUUCAUGUAGUUGUGGUUUAGGCAUUUGUUUGCCAUUAUCACUGAUAAAAGCUGUGGGUUUAUUCAUUUGUGAAUUAAUUAAGCAAUACAGAUCACAGUCCAAUGUUUUUGUUUUGUUUUGAUUUUUAAGUAAGGUUCAGCAAAAGCUGUCGAAUCACUGAUAGCCAUCAUCUGGGAAAUGAAAUAUGAACUGUUUCCACGUACCACUGUAAUGUGCUUGCAUACCACUAGGCAGAAGAAAAAAUAUUUGUAUAUAGCAUCUCUCAAGAUAAGCUCACAAGGCGCUUUAUAAGAACGACAAAACUAAAAAAGAAAAAAAAAGGCAAAGACCAUAAUAAAAACACAAAAAAAAGGGAAAUAUUUAGACUAAAAAUGAAUCCUGAAAAAGACGGACCUGACAGAGCCAGUAUUGUGAAAAAAGCUACUGAGGAAGAAUCAUGAACAAUGUGUGUUUAGAUGGUAAAUUACAGAGUUCAGAGCGGUUCUGGUUCAGUCCACUGUUGGAUCAUCAACACUUGACAGGAGACAUGAUCGUCUUUUAUACAGAAUGUCUUGUGUCUUCAUCUGUCUGGGGCUAUUAUGAUGGUUUAAUUUUUGAGUUAUUUGAACAUUAAAGGUUCUCUGCAGACCUGUUAAGAGUGUCCUCCAUCAUUCAG